AUGGCAGCACCGGUCCGGGCUCACACCAACCAAGUUAUUGAAGCCGCCAAAGUUCGUGCCAGAGAUGAGCAACAAAUGCAAAAUGCACUACAGAAUCUCCAAUUACAAUAUCACAUAUACAAUACCGAAAUCGAGCCUGAACACGAGGCAGAUUAUUAUUGUAACUGUCCCAUUCACAAUUACCAGAGGAUGAAAUGGAAUCGGUAUGGAGUACAGGAGAUGUGGUCAAAGGCAGUCAUGUAUCCUGGUGAAAAGUCAUACAACGAUAAUAAACAGAACAUAGGCCUAUUGAGCAGGAAUCCUUACAGGCUCCGCGUGGUGUCGCCGUAUGGUUUCUACCAAACCGCCUGGGGAGUGCAACGCCCACAGCCAGGAUACCAUGCCCAAUCCAUCCACCAAACGAUUGCGCUCAACAAUAGUUUGAAUAGUCAGGCGCAAGCUAAUAUCGAUGACAAGGAGCCCAAGGUCAACAUCUGGGACGACGAUGCACUCAGUGCCGCAAUGUCUCAAGUCCGCAUUGCCGCAGCGAAUGACAAGAAGCAAGCAAUCAAUACACCGAACGGGAAUGGUCCUGUGGCGAUGGGAGAGAAGCCUUCCUCCUCUUCUGGAGAUCGGAAGCCAGAGAAAUCCAAAGUGUCGAGGUUCUCGAGUUUCCGACAAAGCAUUGGCAUCAAGUCCUCAGAAGAAAAGGUGGUCGCGAAGACGGAAAAGUCCGUGUACAAAGGACGCGAAAUUCGCGACGCAAUCGUCGCCGAGGAGAACGGGCGUUGGCCUGACGAGGAGUGGCGAUAUAUUGUGCAGGUAUACCAAGAAAAGGUUGGCAUGACCAGAAAGAUCGCCGAUCUUCGAAACCGCCAUCCAAUACAAUACCUUCAUCUGCUCAGAGCUGGUUACUUUGAGCCUAUUCCGGUGGCCUGGGCUAAUCAAGCCUCGAAUCCAUUGAAGUUCAGCAUUGAGGCCGCUGGAGGUUGGAGAGGGAUCACUCCUAACUGGAGAGGCUACGAGGAUACCGCGGAGGAGCGGUUGUACUGGGUCUUGAACCACAGAGAAGGGAGUGUUGGAAUGAGAAUGAAGCCGGACUUUAUCUCUGAGAUGGACAUGGCUCGUGCGAGAAUGGCCAAGGCUGUCGAGCCGCCUCCCGAGUAUUUCUCCAGUACAGACACCUGCCACUUGCAACACACCUCGGAAGGAUACUCCAAGCAAGUUAUGCCUGCGCCCUUUCUGGCCUAUGAUCGACCUGAAGUGCCGACGGAUGACACAAUGAUUCUGUUGGAUGUUUCUGGCUCAAUGGAUUUCGACCCUUUACGGCCGAACUACAAUCAGUAUCUCAUUACUGGUUAUUCCAAGUCUACACAACCGAAAAAUAAAGAUGUUGCGAAAGCAAUCAUUCGACGUUUUACCGACGCCAUGUCCAACCACGACCACGCCUUUCAAGGCUAUGAUCUGACCACUUUCUCGAGCGCAGCUAACUACAUUGGCACCAUCAACCACAAAAAUCUCAAUGAAAUGUGGCGGAAGGUCAGAAUAGGGGGUGGAACUCGUGUCAUGACAGGCUGGCAGAAAGUCAAGGAACUGCAUUUCCAGAAGCAUUCCGAGUCUGCAACGCAUCAUCCGGUGUAUGGAUGGCAAGCCGGACCCGAGACGCCCAUGCUGCGUCUGCUACUUCUGCUUGAUGGCGAAGCAACCGACAUGGACGAGUUCGAGCUUGAUCUUCUUGGGCUCUCGUGGGCCCAUGUUACGAUAUUUCUCAUUGGCGUGGAUGGAUGUCCACAUCACCAUCGCCAUGCUAACGAGUUGCAGCGUAUCGGCGAUGUCAACCAUCAUGUCUCCUUUGUUGAUGCGCAGGGAAACACGCCUGAGCGUUUCGUCACGCAUGAACUACUCAAGAGGCAUUUGGGUUAUGAGCUUUCGAUGUCAGAGUUUGAGCAGAUUGAAGAGUUGCCGGGCUAUUCAGAAUAA